AGAUGUCGUGUCCUUUUUUCGCCAUUAUUUUGUUUACUCUAACUAUUACACGCGACUAUCGGGGGCAAGCUCGUGUAAUAAUAAGUUGUUGAUUUUCGCGACUUCGUAAGCGUAGCUGUUGCUUCCGACGGUGCAGUUCAUUUACAGUCACCGUUUGGCCAAUUUGCUAACCGCAUGUGUUCUGCAGGAGUAGGUUAUGUUAGUUGUAAAACGGCUGCCGCGCUCUAAGGACACCAAACAUCUAUGGAAGGCUUCGAGUAUGUAGUCAACCGACCACCGCAGGCAAAAAUAUGUUUCGGCUCUACCAUCGAACGGGAAGCCGUCCCGUUGCAAGGCCCAGCCAAAAGUUCAAUCAUGCGACGCACAAUGAGUGAGCCGCUAGGAGAGAAUCUCGCUCCUGGAUCGCACAAUAUCACCUAUUAUGACAAUGCUUCUCGCCCGAUUCUCAAAAGCUUGAGGUGCAAGUCCCGAGGUUAUGGUCCUCUGUCAUCCAGCACGCUUCGCUUCAAGUACGAUGAAGUGAGCCAUAGUCCCGGUAUGGGCGAUUAUGACCCUCACAAACAAUCGCCGAUUAAACCAUCAAAGAAACCGUUUGGGGCUUGCGUACCACGAUGGCAUGACGUUGCGUAUCCAGCUGUGCCAGGUCCGGGCACAUACACCGCGAAGAAUCGUCGCAACAUUCGAAAGCACUCUUUUGGAGGGAAAAUUAAAAUUAUUCCGGCUACUAUCACCGUCUGUAAGACGGAAAAUUUUGAUAAAUGCCAAAAUUGCAACACCACGCCCGAGGUGGAUUACUGGAAGAAUUUCAAAACCGAUCGCAGUUUGUGCCGACGCUGCAUGGAGUUGGAAACAGAUGAAGCCAAGUAUCGAUCCAAAACCAAAUCGGCGAUGUUUCAACGGUUGGCGCAGCUACGGGAGUACAAGCGUAUUCGGUAUUGCUCCUUCUAUCACAAGCACGAUAAAACCACGGCUGCAAUUCAGUUUGUGAGUAAUCGAGAUUUGAAACGCAAAUUUGCUGUAGAGAAUUAUCUUUCAAUGUUUGAAUAAGUAGACCAAACCCGCAAUAACAUGCCUUCUUUUGCGUCUACCUAAUCGAUCUUUCUUUUUAAAAAAAAAACGCCAGCCUUCAGUACUGCAACUUUAUUGUUCUCUAGGCUAAUAAUAGCGAAUAUUCCCGGUUAGACAAUCGCAACGACGGUGACAAAUACCCCUCAGCGCAGCAUCGGUGUACAAUAUCAGUAAAAUUGGCGAGUCACAAUCCGUGAAAAAUUGUCGUAAAAGAAGCAUUAUGCGAAUACUAACUUACUAUCUACCAAGUGUGCAGGAUUAAAUAACAUUUACAGUAUAAAAUAUGCAUACUUACUUAUCGUUGAUCUUCAUUGGUUCACCUUCUGGUGCCUCGCGUUGGGUUUGCUGCUCGGUGGAGUCAUUCGCGUUAUCCGGCGCAGUGUUCCCGACAGCCGAAUCACCGCUGGCUUCCGAUAUAGUCGUGCGCUGCAGUGCGGUCGAAAUGAGCUUCACUU